GUUAUUUAUGAGUGUUUGUCCGACAGUCGGAGUGUUCGGUCACUUCGGUGAGCAUGGUGCUGGUGGGUCUGCCUCUGUUGUUUAUAUCCUUCUCAUGAACUGGCGUCUACUCAGGGAAGGUUGUGGUGGUGGUGGUGUCCUGCCUACCAGAGAGGUGCCAAGUUUGUACUGAAUGGAAGGUGAGGAGCAGAAAACUCAAGCUAUGGACCUGACCCCAGAACAGAAUGGUGGUGUCAUAAAGGAGAUUUUGAAGCACGGUGAAGGAGAUAGUGGUCCACUCCAAGGAGAUCGUGUUUCAGUUCAUUAUAUUGGCAUCCUGGCUGAAGAUGGAUCCAAAUUUGACUCUAGUCGGGAGAGUGGCAAGCGUUUUGAGUUCACUCUUGGCAGAGGUGAAGUUAUCAAAGGAUGGGAUUUGGGAGUGGCCACCAUGAAAAAGGGUGAAAUAGCUAGACUAACAUGCAAGAGUGAGUAUGCUUACGGAGAGGUUGGUAGUCCAACAAAAAUACCGGCCAAUGCAACACUUAUAUUUGAGAUUGAGUUGUUUGAAUGGCAUGGUGAAGAUCUGAGUUCUAAAAAAGAUGGCGGCAUUAUUCGGAGAAUACUCGUGGCAGGGGGAGGUUACCUGACACCCAAUGAUGGUGCUAUUGUCAAUGUACGUCUGGUGGGGCGUGUGAAUGGCACUGUGUUUGAUGACCGGGAGGUUAAGUUUCCUCUUGGUGAGGGAACUGAGUAUAAUAUCCCAGAGGGUCUAGAAAGGAGUCUGGAGAGAUUCAAGAAAGGAGAGAAAUCCACAAUCAAACUCUCACCAAAGUAUGCUUUUGGAUCUGCUGGGAAUGUCUCCAUAGGUGUUCCUCCUGGGGCUUACUUAGACUAUGAAGUAGAGAUGUGUAGUUUUGAAAAAGCAAAGGAAUCUUGGGAAAUGGACCAGGAAGAGAAGAUUGAGCAUGCCAAGAUUUGCAAAGAUAGAGGGAGUGAAUUCUUCAAACAAGAAAAAUAUCGAUUGGCAGUCAAGCAAUAUAAGAAAAUCCUUGAUUUUUUGCAGUAUGACAAUGGAUUAAGUGAUGAGAAGAAAGCAGAGAGUCGGUCCAUACUCCUGGCUGGCCAACUCAACCUUGCCAUGACGUACCUCAAGCUGCAUGACAACCCUCGAGCACGAGACCACGCCACCAAAGCACUGGAGAUGGACAGUAGCAGUGUGAAGGCUUACUUUAGGAGAGGACAGGCAAAUUUGAAUAUGGGAGAAGCUGAAUUUGCUGAGAAGGACUUCCAAAUAUGCCUUGAUUUAGACCACAACAACAAGGCAGCCAAGCUCCAGCUGCAGAGGUGUGGUCUUCAGAUCAAGGCUAAUAAACAGAAGGAAAAGAAACUGUACAGUGGGAUGUUUGACAAAUUUGCCAGACAGGACAGAGCGAGAGAAGAAGCAGAAGCAAGAAGGCGGCUGGACAUCAUGUCUGGAGACCUCGGGGAGUGGGGUAAGGCAGAAGAGAAGAAAGAUUCAGAUAAAUGUGAUCUGUCUGAACUAGUUAACAUUGAUGGUGUCCACAUGCUUUAACUCUCACCUCUCCUGUGGUCAGGUUAGCCAUAAUAAAGUGUAUGAUGAUGUACGAAAGAGAGAUUAAUAAUUAGUAUUUCCAAUCAUGUUUAAUUUUAGCAGAAAUGUGCUAAUGAUGUAAGCACUUACCUGAAUGUGAUAUAAACUUAUAUUUUGAUAGCAUAUUGUAGGUAGACAUAUCUAAGUAAGAUUUUUUUAUGUUUAUAGAUUGCUCAGACACAAGUUCUUGCAGCAGUGGCAACUGGUUAGCGUUUAAGGAGUCUGGUUGUAUUUAUAUAUUGUAUAAAAAGUUAUUCAGCAUACAUUUGGCAACUUAAAAUGUGUCACUCUAGAAGAUUGAAGCAUCAGGCACAGCUCUGUCACUGAGGUGUGCUGGAUGGAGACUUCUGAGUUCUGACACACUGAAAUCAUAAGAACUAAUUUUGUCUAUAUCAAAUCUGAAGAUAUCAAACAGCUAAGAUAACAAACUUUCUAUUUUUAUUUAUAUAUGCAUGUGUUUUUUCUGUGUUAUCUGUGUUAUUGGGGAUCACCAACUUGAAAGGUAGCUGUUGAGGAUUGUAAAUUUGUUGUCUUGUUGAGUUCUGUUUGGUGCUUAAUGUUGUCUGAAUAUGGCUUAAAUCCUACAAUAGUAUUGUUGAAUUUUUAUUUGAAGAAUACAAAUAAUUACAUUUAGGAUAGCCAUUUAAGUAAUGUAGUGGUGGGAUUUUUUAAACACUGUGAUGAGAUGAUCUAAAGCAGGGGAUUUUCAAUCUUAGAUUUCUGAACCUCUGCAGGGGUUUACAAGCUUUCCAGAGGUAUUUAGAUGGCUGAUCUAAUAAUGUCUUUUGCAGUAUAUCAUUGCAUACUGAAUUAGUGUCACUCACUAAACUAACAUUCUGUUCGAUGUCAGAUUACUGGGGGUUCGGGUAGAUGGUUUUAACUCAGGGGGUCCUUAACAAGAAAAAGGUUGAGAACCCCUGAUUUAAAGAACAAAUUCAUCUUAGGGAGUGAUCAAUCAUUAAACCUUUGACAGGGCACUGGACAUGUGUGGCAUGUCACUGCCUGACCCAGUCAGAUUUUGAUUAACUUAAUUAUCUUAUCAUUCCAUGGCUUUCCUCCUCCCUUUCUUUAUUUUAUAUUAUUUAUUUACUUUUAUUUA